GAUCGUCAAACAUUCUGCAAUCCGAGCGCGAAAAAUAAAUAUAUACGAGCGACAAUUGCGCGCGAACUCAGUUCAUGACAGACGCUGCGUGUGCACUCACUUUUUUUAACUAUUUUUUUAAGUGCCUCCAAAAAGGUUCACAGUGUUAAAAUGUUUUUAAUUUUUCUCUUCGCUCCGUUAACGUUAGUGAUCGCUGAGAAUGUAUUGCCUUCCGACUUCACUCGGUGUCGGCAGAAAGACAACAAACUCAACGAAUGUUUAACAGGAGCUGUGCCUGACGCGCUCCGUAGGAUGAAAAACGGUAUACCCGCAUUAUCAGUGCCAGCACUGGAGCCUCUACUAGUGUCAGGUAUGGACAUCGAAUCUGGAUCGGGGCCAGUGGUCAUCUCACAAAACUACCGAAAGAUAAAACUCCACGGCUUGACCGACUCCAUCCUUACGACUUACAAAGCCGAUCUCAAACACUACCGCCUACGAACGGAAUCUAUCACACCAAAAAUGGAAUUUAUAGCUGAUUACAUUAUGAAAGGAAGAAUUCUUGUGUUACCAAUUCAAGGAAAAGGAGUUGCUAAUAUAACGAUGGUGAAUCUAGUUGUAAAACACGAUUUAAUCGGCGAACCAAUUCAACGAGAUGGAGAGACCUACAUGCAUAUAAAAAAUUAUAAAAUUAAGUUCAUACCGGAAAAGGUUAUUUUGCAAUUCUCAAACUUAUUUAACGGUGACAAAAGACUCGGAGAUCAAAUGAACUUGUUUUUAAAUGAAAAUUCUGAACUCGUAUUCAACGAACUAAAGGAUUCGUACGAAAAAAGUCUCAGCUCAGUAUUCCAAGAUGUUACGAAUAAAAUAUUCGACAAAGUACCGAUGAACAAAAUUUUCCCUGAAGAGUGAGAGCCUGUGAUCCAAAUUUAGGUGAUAAGUAGAGGUGUUUGUAAAAUACUUUAUUUUCUAAGAACCUAAAAAUAAGAAAACAAAACUGGUUCAAGUGCAGUAAGAACUGUAUUUAUUGAAAACUGCUUUAAUUAAUUAAAAUGUAGGUAUAGGGUGUAAGUUAAGAAAAUAAAUAAUAAAAUCUA